AUGCCUGGAAUGGUGUGUGAAAACCAAACGGCCCUGAUGCAUUUUGUCCUCUUGGGCAUUCCAUACCCACCCAUAUUACGUGCCCCUUUGUUUUUCUUUUUUGUGUGCAUCUACUUGUUGACCCUACUUAGUAACUUCCUGGUCUUCUUCGCCACAAUCUAUGAACCACGGCUGCACAAGCCAAUGUACUGGUUCCUUUGCCACUUAGCCAUUGUGGAUGUUGCCACUUCCACUACUGUGGUGCCCAAGAUGAUUGCUUCGUUUCUGGAGGGCAACAAAGUCAUCUCAUUUUCAGGCUGUAUAACUCAGCUCUUCUUCUACCAUUUUGUGGGCUGCACAGAAUGCUUCCUCUACACUGUGAUGGCCUAUGACCGCUUCCUGGCCAUCUGCAGGCCACUUCACUAUAGUAUCCUCAUGAACCGCAAAAUCUGUCUCUGGCUUUCCGUGGGCACCUGGUUUGGUGGGUGUUUGCACUCGGCCAUAGAGACAGCCCUGACCUUCCAUUUGCCCUACGGACUGGGGAAUGAGGUAAGCUACAUCUUUUGUGACAUCCCAGCCAUGCUGAAGCUGGCAUGUGCAGACACCUCCUUCAAUGAGAUGUUCACCUUGAUUGAUGUUGGUCUCGUUGCCAUGAGUUGUGUUCUACUUAUUCUGGUGUCAUAUGUCUACAUUGUCUUUGCUAUCCUGAGGAUUCGCAAUGCUGAUGGCCAGAGACAUGCCUUCUCCACCUGUACCUCUCAUAUAAUCCUGGUGUUUACCUUUUAUAUUCCUCUCACUUUCACAUAUCUGAGGCCAGGAGCAGAGGAUCCCCUUGGAGGGGUGGUUGCUAUAUUCUAUACCACUAUGACUCCUUUCCUGAAUCCAGUCAUAUAUACGCUCCGAAACAAGGAGAUGAAAGAUGCUGUCCUGAAACUAAAAGGCAGGAAGCCUUAA